AUGGAGACGGCGGUGAAUCUGUUGAUUCGACCCCCGCGCAAUGAGUACCUGCCCUCCCAAUUGGGACCCACCCAAUUCACCAUCGCUGGUCGACGCUACAAGCGACAUGAUUUAGAAUUGGUGAACCCGCGCAACCUGCGGCUCCGCUGCAGCCAUUGGGAGCCCGUGGCCGAGGAGCGGCCAAGCAAGCGCAUGGGGUGCGUCAUCUACCUGCACGGCAACAGCGGCUCGCGCAUGGAUGCCGCGGAGAACGUCGUCAUGCUCCUCCACUCCUUCCGCCUGACCUACUUCGCCUUCGACUUUGCCGGAGCCGGGCAGUCCGAAGGCAAGUACAUUUCGCUCGGCUAUCAUGAACAGGACGACGUGGCGACGGUGCUGGCCUACCUCAAGUCCACCGACACAGUCUCCAAUAUUUGUCUGUGGGGACGCAGCAUGGGUGCAGUGACGGCGUUGAUGUACACGGCCAAAGCCGAGGAGAGGCGCGCGGAAGGCGAGGAGGGGGUGAUGGUGCCGGCAACGCUCGUCCUCGAUUCACCCUUCGCCAGUCUCCUCAAGCUCAUUCCUGAGGUCGUCGACUCUGCUGAUGGCAAAGGCCAAUAUAUUAAGCAAAUACCGAAGAAGGUGGUGGGCGGACUGCUCGGAUUGGGCAUCCCGAUUCUGCGCAAGGCUAUCAAAGCACGCGCCGAGUUCGACAUCUCCGACCUCGAGCCCAUCGCAAUGGCGCCCAAGUGCAGUGUAAAGAGGCGGAUAAUGAUCGAAGGUGGGCACAACACGGGCCGAAGCUCGCUGUGCUUCGAGGAAAUCUCUUCCUUCCUCUUUUCGUCGUUCUUUGACGACGAAGGUCUGUGGGGACGCAGCAUGGGUGCAGUGACGGCGUUGAUGUACACGGCCAAAGCCGAGGAGAGGCGCGCGGAAGGCGAGGAGGGGGUGAUGGUGCCGGCAACGCUCGUCCUCGAUUCACCCUUCGCCAGUCUCCUCAAGCUCAUUCCUGAGGUCGUCGACUCUGCUGAUGGCAAAGGCCAAUAUAUUAAGCAAAUACCGAAGAAGGUGGUGGGCGGACUGCUCGGAUUGGGCAUCCCGAUUCUGCGCAAGGCUAUCAAAGCUCGCGCCGAGUUCGACAUCUCCGACCUCGAGCCCAUCGCAAUGGCGCCCAAGUGCAGUGUAAAGAGGCGGAUAAUGAUCGAAGGUGGGCACAACACGGGCCGAAGCUCGCUGUGCUUCGAGGAAAUCUCUUCCUUCCUCUUUUCUUCGUUCUUUGACGACGAAGAGCGCAAGACAAUAUCCGGUGUGGAUGGCAGGUUCCCUCGUCUGCGUGUGAAUCUGGAUGAUCUGGGCCGCUUGCCCUAUCCCCUGCAGAAAGAGGAAGUCAUCACGUUUGAUUCUCUCGUCUCUGUUGCGAUCGAUCACGCCAGCGUGCAGCUUCAGCAGCCGUUCACUGGGGUAAAAAUCGGCGAGUACAAGCUGGGGAGCACCGACGAUAACUAUAACAUUCUCGGGUAUGGCGUGGAGGCGAUCGGCGGAGAAAGCGACCAGAAGCUGUUCUACAUGCGCGUGGCGGAACAGUACACGGACUCUGAUAUUAUCCUGCUCUUUAUUACCACUCGAGCCGAUGAGAUUUCAGAUAUUCUGAAGAUGAGAAUCGACGCUCUCUUGCGUGAGAAGCUCGCCAACGUGGAUAUGGCAAGCCGCAUCGAGCAGAUAGUGCAGAAGCUCGUGACGCGGCGCAUCGAGGAGCAGGUCGCGCAGAACAAACGAAAGCGGGAGAAGGAGGAGGAGAAAAACAAUCGACGACAUGCCGCGCACGAGGGUGACACCGCCGGCGGUAGCGGCGAGCAGCCCGUUUUCUCAUUUCGACUGCGGCGGAGCACGGUCAAGCUCUUCCAGGCCAUGAUCGGAGGCGAGAACCGAGGCGCCACCGCGACCAGCGCGUCUGGCACCGACGGUGUGACGACAACGACAACCACCGCAACUGCGAGCGUCAGCGACCUCACCACUACCAUCACCGCCACCCAGUCCACCAGCGAUGAACCAACAGAGAACAGCGGCGACGAGCGAAAAGAGAAGAACAGCAGCGCAGGUGCGGGGGAUGUGAACGACGAGGUGCACGUCGACGAGGGGGAGGUCAUCGCCACGAUCGAGGAGGUCCUGUGCGAGAUCGGGCUGGUGAGCGAGAAGGACCGGCCGCACCUCCACGCGGUCAUAUGCGACAGCGUGCGGGAGGUGAUCAAGCGCGAACUCGACAAUCACCGCUGCACCGAGCGCGAGCGUCGGGAGCGAGAGCUCGAGAUCAACAAGGACCAUCAACAUCAGCAGAAGGCGAAGGACAGCACACACGAGGGCGCCAGGCCGAAGAGCAGCAGCAGCCGAGAGAAGCGAGCCCACAAGAAGCAGCAGCAGCAACAUACGGAAGACCAGCCGACACUGGCACCUUCUUCAGUGGAGGAAGUGGUCGAGGUAGUUGCUGCAGGGACGAACGACGAGGUGUCGUCAUCGUACUGA